AUGGCCGACACAAUCCCAAUCGAGCUUCCCGUAAUUGACAUAUCUAACCCCCAUGACCCCGCCGUGGGGAAGGCGAUGCUUAAUGCCGCUGCAAAGUAUGGCUUUCUAUAUGUCAACAGCAAAGGAACCGAUUUUACCGUGGAGGAUGUAGACUAUGCAUUCGAACUGUCAAAGAAGUUCUUCUCGUCUCCCGCACAGGAGAAGGAGACAUGUCGGAUCCAGCAGAAUAACCGUGGCUGGUCCGGAAUGCAUACAGAAACCCUUGACCCCGACCAUCAGCGGGUAGGUCAUGACUCAGGCUCACUAAUUCCCUGGCAUAGAACACGAAGACUAACAUUGGAUAUGAUAAAUAGGCAGGGGACUUCAAAGACCAUGAACUUCGGCGACUUCAAAGACGGCAAAGCCCAACAGCCCCUGCCACCGUCACUGGUCCCCCACGAAGCAGAGAUCAACGGCUUCGCGGAACUCUGCAACAAGACAUGCACCCGAGUCCUGACUCUGCUGGCCCUAGGCCUAGAGGUCCAAGAAGACUUCUUCACAACCCGACACGACUCAAGCACAGGCACGACAGGCAGCAUCCUACGGUACCUCUACUACCCAUCGAUCUUCUCGCCGUCAACAGCAACCUACAAGCACGACAAGGACGUGCGAGCCGGCGCGCACUCCGACUACGGCAGCAUAACGCUUCUGUUCCAGCGGCCCGGCCAGCCAGGAUUAGAGAUCCUGACUCCGGAGGGCAGCUGGGCGCCCGUGCCCAUCGUGCCCGGCCCCGCAGCCGAGGCCGGGGCGUAUCCGUUCCCGCCUAUCUUGGUGAAUAUCGGCGACUUGCUGAGUUAUUGGACGGAUGGGCUGUUGAAGUCGACUGUGCACCGUGUUGUCUUCCCGCUUGCUGAGCAGCGGAGCCCGAAUCCGCAGGAUCGGUAUACGCUGGUUUAUUUCUGCCAUCCUGUUGACAAGACGGAGUUGGUACCCGUUCCUAGUGGGAUUGUUGCUGCGCAUCGGGAGCGCACUGGGAUUGUUGCUGCGCAUCGGGAGCGCACUGGGGUUGUUCCUGCUGAUGGAAGGGUUGGGUUUGGGGGUGGGGCGGGAAAUUUGGUGUCUGGGAAGAGGCCUUUGACGGCACAUGAACAUCUUAUGUCAAGAUUGGCGGCUACAUAUGGGUAUACUAAGGAUGAGUGA